UCGGAAUCGCGAGCUCACGACUUCAAUUUCCGCUAGGGAGCGAGAGGAGCUUCUGGUGGUGGUGGUGGUGAGGAGAUUCUGUGUUCCCCCCCCUCCCCCCACAGAGUCUUGUUGUUGAGGCUAUACGGGGGGGGUGAGGGUGGGGUGAGGAGCGACUGGUGAGGAGCUGCUGCUGGUGGUGAGGAGGAGGAGGAGGAGUGGCCGGCCAUGCCUCUCGCUCAGCUCGCCGACCCCUGGGUCAAGAUGGAUAUCAAGCGGCAAGGAGAGAAUGUGAUCCUUGCAGCCACAGACAACUUGGAUGAGAGCGCCCCGGUCCAGGAGCAGGAGGCGGGGGAGGAGGACGAGGAGAAGGAGAUCCACAUCACGAGCCACACGCGCGCCGGGGCCGAGCGAGCGGACGCCUCGCACUUCGAGCUCCUCAAGGUGCUGGGAGCUGGCUCCUUCGGCAAGGUGUUUCUCGUGCGUAAGGUUACCGGGUCGGACAAGGGCCAGCUGUUCGCCAUGAAGGUCCUCAAGAAAGCCACGCUCAAGGUUCGCGACCGUGUGAGGACGAAGAUGGAGCGAGACAUCCUGGUGGACGUCAACCACCCCUUCAUCGUGCGCCUCCACUAUGCGUUCCAGACGGAGGGGAAACUCUACCUCAUCCUGGACUUCCUGCGAGGCGGUGACCUCUUCUCUCGCCUCUCCAAAGAGGUGAUGUUCACGGAGGAGGACGUGAAGUUCUACCUGGCAGAGCUCGCCUUGGCUCUCAACCACCUGCACGGCGUGGGAAUCAUCUACAGGGACCUCAAGCCCGAGAAUAUUUUGCUGGACGAAGUGGGACACAUCAAACUGACAGACUUUGGCCUGAGCAAGGAGGCCAUCGACCACGAGAAGAAGGCCUACAGCUUCUGUGGCACGGUGGAGUACAUGGCGCCGGAGGUGGUGAACCGGCGCGGGCACGGACACGCGGCCGACUGGUGGUCACUCGGCGUGCUCAUGUUCGAGAUGCUGACUGGGACGCUGCCCUUCCAAGGCCGAGACCGCAAGGAGACCAUGGCCAUGAUUCUCAAAGCCAAGCUGGGGAUGCCACAGUUCCUGAGCUCCGACGCUCAGAGCCUCCUGCGUAAUCUCUUCAAGAGGAACCCCACAAACAGACUCGGAGCUGGGCCUGACGGAGUGGGGGAAAUAAAGCGGCACCCCUUCUUCUCUACCAUCGACUGGAACAAGCUCUACCGGAAGGAGAUCCACCCUCCGUUCAAGCCGGCUGUAGGGAAAGCGGACGACACCAGAUGCUUUGACCCGGAGUUCACCUCCAGAACUCCAAAAGACUCCCCCGGGCUGCCCCCGAGUGCGAGUGCUCAUCAGCUGUUCCGCGGCUUCAGCUUCGUGGCUCCGUGCGCUCUGGGGGGCGACGGCGGCGGCGGCGGCGCUCCCCCAGCAGUCACGCGCCCCCUGGUGGUGCAGAAGGAGCAGCAGGCUUACCUGGAGGUCUACGAGCUCAAGGAGGACAUCGGCGCCGGCUCCUUCAGCGUCUGCAAGCGCUGCGUGCACCGUGCCUCCGGACUUGACUACGCGGUCAAGAUCAUCGACAAGAGCAAGCGGGACCCCUCGGAGGAGAUUGAGAUCCUUCUCCGCUACGGGCAGCACCCCAACAUCAUCACGCUGCGCGACGUUUACGACGACGGGAAGCACGUCCACCUGGUCACGGAGCUGAUGACGGGCGGCGAGCUGCUGGACAAGAUCCUGCUGCAGAAGUUCUUCUCGGAGCGCGAGGCCAGCGCAGUGCUGCAGACGGUGACGCGCACCGUAGCUUACCUUCACUCGCAGGGGGUGGUGCACAGGGAUCUCAAGCCCAGCAACAUGCUGUUUGUGUGUGUGUGUUGGCUAGGUGGUGCACAGGGAUCUCAAGCCCAGCAACAUGCUGUUUGUGUGUGUGUGUGUUGGCCAGGUGGUGCACAGGGAUCUCAAGCCCAGCAACAUGCUCUUUGUGUGUGUGUGUGUGUUGGCCAGGUGGUGCACAGGGAUCUCAAGCCCAGCAACAUGCUGUUUGUGUGUGUGUGUGUGUUGUCCAGGUGGUGCACAGGGAUCUCAAGCCCAGCAACAUGCUGUUUGUGUGUGUGUGUGUUGGCCAGGUGGUGCACAGGGAUCUCAAGCCCAGCAACAUGCUGUUUGUGUGUGUGUGUGUUGGCUAGGUGGUGCACAGGGAUCUCAAGCCCAGCAACAUGCUCUUUGUGUGUGUGUGUGUUGGCCAGGUGGUGCACAGGGAUCUCAAGCCCAGCAACAUGCUGUUUGUGUGUGUGUGUGUUGGCCAGGUGGUGCACAGGGAUCUCAAGCCCAGCAACAUGCUGUUUGUGUGUGUGUGUUGUCCAGGUGGUGCACAGGGAUCUCAAGCCCAGCAACAUGCUGUUUGUGUGUGUGUGUGUUGGCUAGGUGGUGCACAGGGAUCUCAAGCCCAGCAACAUGCUGUUUGUGUGUGUGUGUGUUGGCUAGGUGGUGCACAGGGAUCUCAAGCCCAGCAACAUGCUAUUUGUGUGUGUGUGUGUUGUCCAGGUGGUGCACAGGGAUCUCAAGCCCAGCAACAUGCUGUUUGUGUGUGUGUGUGUGUUGGCCAGGUGGUGCACAGGGAUCUCAAGCCCAGCAACAUGCUCUUUGUGUGUGUGUGUGUGUUGGCCAGGUGGUGCACAGGGAUCUCAAGCCCAGCAACAUGCUCUUUGUGUGUGUGUGUGUGUUGUCCAGGUGGUGCACAGGGAUCUCAAGCCCAGCAACAUGCUGUUUGUGUGUGUGUGUGUUGUCCAGGUGGUGCACAGGGAUCUCAAGCCCAGCAACAUGCUGUUUGUGUGUGUGUGUGUUGUCCAGGUGGUGCACAGGGAUCUCAAGCCCAGCAACAUGCUGUUUGUGUGUGUGUGUGUUGGCUAGGUGGUGCACAGGGAUCUCAAGCCCAGCAACAUGCUAUUUGUGUGUGUGUGUGUGUUGGCUAGGUGGUGCACAGGGAUCUCAAGCCCAGCAACAUGCUGUUUGUGUGUGUGUGUGUGUUGGCUAGGUGGUGCACAGGGAUCUCAAGCCCAGCAACAUGCUGUUUGUGUGUGUGUGUGUGUUGGCUAGGUGGUGCACAGGGAUCUCAAGCCCAGCAACAUGCUGUUUGUGUGUGUGUGUGUUGGCUAGGUGGUGCACAGGGAUCUCAAGCCCAGCAACAUGCUGUUUGUGUGUGUGUGUGUGUUGGCUAGGUGGUGCACAGGGAUCUCAAGCCCAGCAACAUGCUGUUUGUGUGUGUGUGUGUUGGCCAGGUGGUGCACAGGGAUCUCAAGCCCAGCAACAUGCUCUUUGUGUGU